AUGAAUAACACACAGCCACCAAGCUGCAUUAAUCCCACAGCAGAAAAGAUUGGAAAAACUUCUUCUUAUUUCCUCAUAUUUUUUGUUUCUCUGAUUGGAAAUAUCCUUAUCGGAGUGAUUGUCUUCAGGACGCCGACCAUGAGAAAGCCCAUCAACUUCUUCAUCGUGAACAUGGCCAUGUCCGAUCUGCUCUUCCCGUUGUUCCAGUUUCCACGGACUGUAACAGAGCUGUACGUCGACACUUGGAUGAUCAGAGGUCCUUUUGGCAUGGCUUUGUGUAAAAUAGUUCCAUUUCUUGGAAUUGUUUCUGCUCUCGUGUCGAUUCAGAGCCUGGUACUGAUAGCAGUGGAUCGAUUUGGUGCAGUGUUUUUUCCUCUCCGUUGCCCACUCUCCAGUUCAAAGCUUUGCGGACUCCUCAUUCUCGCUACUUGGGUUAUCGCCAUGCUUGUAAUGUGGCCAAACAUGUCCUCUUAUAAACUAGUCGAGUCUCCAGAAGGGCUGGCGUGCAAGCGGCAGUGGGAAGAAACCUUUGGAGAAUCCUUCUCGUUUAACAACUACAUUUUAGCAAUGUUUGUUGCGUUCAGUUAUGUUCCGCUAAUUGCGAUUGCCAUACUUUACCUGACGAUUCUCUUGAAGCUUAGGUCCCAGUCUCACAAGAUUCGAGACGUGCAAUCGGUCAACGCAGGAGAAAUACGCGCAAGAAGGGAGCAAAAUGUACUGAAAAUGUCCAUUGCGAUCGUUUUGACAUUUGCAAUAUGCUGGCUGCCACUCAGUAUCUACUUUGUAAUGAUCUUAUUUUCACUGAACAGCUCCAUGCUAAGGUCUUGUGGCUUCCAAUACUUUAACGCUGUUGUAUUUUUCGUGUGGCAUUCCAACUGUGCUAUAAACCCUUGCAUCUGUUUUAUCUAUGCCGGAAAAUUCCGUCAAGGUUUUAAAAAUAUCUUUAGUUGCCUUUUCUCAAGCCAACGGGUGUAA